AUGCAAUUCAUUGAGACGUCCGCCAAAUCGUCGGAAAACGUUGAAGAGGCAUUCCUGAAGAUCGCCCGAGAAAUCAAGGAACUUGUAGCUCCAGUUCCUUACAUGGCAUCAAAGUAG